AUGCUGAAUCUCCAUUUCCAAUCUUCAAAAUCAGACACUGGGGAAAAAGGAGCUUUGAAAUCUCAACUGAAUUGGUCCUCUUGGGAACUAAUAUUGGUCAUUGCUUCUUGAAUGCAAAACAAACCGGCUUUCCAAAGAGGAUCUGUUGUCACUUCUUGCUUAAGAAACUGUACCAUGAAGAUUCAUCUCUUUUUCUUUAUUAUGCUCCUUUGGGUCACAAUAUUACCAGCCAAAAAGAGGUUUCCCGAGUAUGGUAGCUUGGAUUUGAGUUAUCAGUGCAAAAUGAGUAAAGGUCACUGUAAAACCCAGUGCUCUGAAAAUGAAUUUAGGAUUGCUUUCUGCAUAAGACCUGGAACUCACUGCUGCAUCUAG